AUGAGCAUUCCGGACCACUCGCAGGAGGUGCCACUCGUGGCAUCCAUCGACGUUGGAACUACGUCGUCAAGAGUCAUUCUCUUCAACAUGCUGGGCCAAGAAGUGUCCAAACACCAAAUCGAGUAUUCCACGUCGGCGUCCAAGGAGAAAUUCGCUUCUGUGGGCGCUCGUCGCUUCUCCGUCGACGGAAACAGCAGUCCCGGAGCUGGGACUGGAACGGCUGGGGCUGGAACGGGCACGUCAGCGACAGAAUCGCGGCUCAACAGCUCGACGCCCAUUUUCUCCGCCGAGGGUAUCGCCAUCGAAGCCACCGAGUUUCUGGAAAUCGAAGAUCUCGAAGGCCCCAGCGUCCCCACGCUCAGUUUCCCACGGCCCGGCUGGGUCGAGUGCAAUCCCAUCGGAAUUCUCGCCCAUGUCGUGCAGUGUUUUGCUGCCAACCUGAUCUCCAUGAACAAGGUCAACAGCGACCGAAUCUCCAGUAAGCUGGCCCCGUACCGCAUCCAAUGCAUCGGCAUCGCCAACAUGCGUGAAACCACACUCGUAUGGUCCAAAAAGACCGGCGCCCCCAUUGUCAACUACGGUAUUGUCUGGAACGAUACGCGUACCACUGGCAUUGUCACCGAAAAGCGUAACAGCACGCCACAGGCCUUGCAGGAUCGGUUGAGAGCCAAAACCGGUCUCCCCCUCUACUCCACGUAUUUUUCGUGUUCCAAGCUUCGAUGGAUGCUGGACAACGAGCCUGCCGUUCGCGACGCGUAUGAAAACGGUGAUCUUAUGUUUGGCACCGUUGAUACUUGGCUGCUUUACCAUUUGACCUCCAACCACGCCUUUGUCUCGGAUAUCACCAAUGCCUCCAGAACUGGGUUCAUGAACCUGGAUACUUUGGAUUACGACGAUGAGUUGUUGAAAUACUGGGACAUCUCCAGAGAUAAGAUUCAUCUACCCAAGAUCGUCUCUUCAGCAGAAUACUACGGCGAUUUCACUAUUCCCGAGUGUAUUAAGACCAAUUUAACUCCAAUUGCGUGGUCAUUGCUAUGCGAUUUCACCAGUAGAACUCCCCCGGUUCCUAUUCAAGGUUGUCUGGGUGAUCAAAGCGCAUCGCUUGUAGGUCAGUUGGCGUUUAAACCAGGUGCCGCCAAAUGUACCUAUGGUACCGGUUGCUUUCUGCUCUACAAUACUGGUGCGAAGAAAUUGAUUUCUAACCACGGUGCUUUAACGACAUUUGGCUACUGGUUCCCACAUUUGGAAGACAAGGACCAUGCCCAACCCCAUUUUGCGUUGGAAGGUUCCGUGGCAGUAGCGGGUGCAGUGGUUCAAUGGCUACGUGAUAAUUUGAGACUUAUUCCAAAGGCAGAAGAUAUUGGACCUUUAGCGUCAAGGGUAAACGAUAGUGGUGGAGUUGUAUUUGUACCCGCAUUCUCCGGGUUGUUUGCACCUUAUUGGGAUGCGAGCGCGAGAGCUACGAUCAUGGGUAUGUCGCAGCACACAACUGCCUCCCAUUUAGCAAGAGCAGCGGUAGAGGGUGUUUGUUUCCAAGCAAGAGCCAUUUUGAAAGCUAUGAGCUCAGAUGCUGCUGGUGAAGGUCAAAAGGACAGAGAUUUCUUGGAGGAAAUCGGGGAAGGGACUUAUGAAAAAUCACCUUUAUCAAUGCUUGCAGUGGAUGGUGGUAUGUCAAGAUCCAAGGAGGUUAUGCAAAUCCAAGCCGACAUUUUGGGGCCUUGUGUGACAGUUAGAACGUCAAGUAGUUCUGAGUGCACGGCUUUGGGUGCAGCUAUUGCAGCUGCAUUGGCGUACGAGAAGCGGGAAGAUCGCAAGUUAUGGAAGGAUUUGAAAGAUGUGAAGAAAUGGAUCAUGUACGGCGGCGUGGAGCCUGGCGAAAAACCUAAAGAUGGUUUUGAGCCACCGCAAGCCAGAAUUUUCAGAUCAAAGUCUUUGGAUACCGACAGAAGACGGAAAUGGAAACUAUGGGAGGCGGCCAUCGAGAGAUGUAGAGGCUGGACCGACAUCGUCGAGGAUGGUGUUAACACUAUGGGGAACAAUUCUACAGCAGCCAAAAACAUGUAA